CGCGAGAAGUUUAUUUGAUUUCAGGAGAAAGCGUUUUGAGCGGUGUGAAAAUUCGUCCAAGUCCAGGUGUAGUCCUGCUUUAGUCGGACUGUGUUGAAAGAUCAAAUGAAAUUGCAGUUUGGUGCUGUUUUCCUGGAGUUCACGCGGGUGUCCUGAAGGGUGACACCGAAGAAAUAAUCAUUCUUAAUCGACACUUGUUUUUAUACUAUGAUCAUCUCUAGUCAAGUUUGACAGACAGUGCAAACAUGAAUGACACGUGAUUUCGUUAACCAAAGUAUAUUUUGAGAAAAGACCAUCAUCUCCAACGCCGCCAAUUUCCACGAGUCUCAAUUAGGGGACACGGCCUGUGUAAAUUAAUUACCCGAACUAAUCAUGAAGAGAAGGAGCACGUUCCUAUCAACGGCCAGAACUUCAUCGACCGUAGUGGUUGCAGCGCUCGCAACGCUAUUGUCCUUCCUAUCAUCGUUGCCGGCAACGAUGCAAAUAUUUGGCUAUCAGUUGCCGACGAUUCGGCACAUCGAGGAGCAACCGCCGCACCACCUGCAGCAAGAUAUAAUGGACUUUAUCGACCUGAUUCCGUUUGACGACGUGCAAACGCUGAUGCAGUACUACUACCACUACGAUGUUGAGGUGGAGAACGCCUUUGACUAUGUUUCCAGCGAAGAUUACUCGCAAAUAAAGCUGGAAAUUAUGAACCUGAGCGAGGUGCAAAGUUUCCAUCGGUAUCUGGGCAGCAUUGGUUUCAGCGCGGAACAAGUGUGGAAAGACCUGUGCCUGCGCUUCGACGUGGAGGAUGUGUUUGUCGAACCGGAUGACACUAUACGCAAUUUAAAUCUAACCACCCGGGGACUGAACGGAUUAGUCGAUGACAUAUUAGCACUGCUGCCACAGGACGAGAUAAUCCUGCUAUUCUUCGAUAAGCUGGAGACCAGCAAUGAUUUCUCCUACUUUUUCGAGCAGAUUGGCAGCGGGGACUUCGAGAAUGUGCUUAGUAUGCUGCAGAGCUCCCAACAGCUGAGGACCCUUCUUUGGCGGUUGCAACGACAUGGCUUUGAUAUUCCCGGCUGGAUUCAACAGAUACAAGGAUACUUCAGCUUCAGUAGUUUCUAGCGAUGACGGUCAAUAUAGGGGGAUUAAAACGUGAA